UUCCAAUCUGAAAAUUUAAAGGAACGUUUCCAAUUACAUCAUUGAUUCCAUUGAUUCUCUAAAUAUUCUCAUCCCCAUCUCAUCUCAGCUCUUCCAUUCCAUUCCUCAGCUCAAUAACCUAUUCCAUCACUCUUAUCUCAAAGUAUCAAACCUACCCAACACAAGUCACAUCUAGUCCGCUCUCCCACAUUGCAAUUCCAACUCCAAUCUCAAUCCCAUAAUUUAAACCUCAAAAAUGCCAAAACGAAGUCGCGCAGAACCUGUCGAAACCUACGAUUCCGAUGGUGGUUUCGUAUCUGACGACGACAAUACAGUUCGCAAGGUGAGCCCCUCAAUCAAUCCAACCUCAAACAUCUUCACAUUCCCUACUCUUUCCUCUCGAGCAUUACUCAAAUCCAAUCCCAAUCACAAUCAUCUUCACCCCUCUACUUUCACCCUCAAAACCCCUCAGAUACCCGACCCCCUCACCAACAUACCCCUCAGUCCAAAAAAUCCAAAACCACAAAACCCAUCACAACAAGCAAACCCACCUCCUCCUCUUCUUCAACCACCCCCUCAUGGGACCUCUCAACCGGCCGCACACCCCGCAAAAUCGAGCUUUCAGAUUUCAAAGGCCAAACUUUGAUCAAUAUCCGCGAAUUCUACGAGAAAGAUGGAAAUCUUUUACCCGGAAAGAAGGUUCGUGUCUCUUUUUAUAUCCUUUCUAUAAUUCCACGCAUAUCUACCCGCCCAAAAUGAAAAAAAGAGAAUACGAAAGAGAAGAAAGAAAAUAAAGAAAGCUAACAUGUAAAAACAACAGGGCAUCUCCCUAACCAUCGACCAAUAUAAAAUUUUCCUCCAAUCCAUCCCUCAAAUCAACGCGAACCUCAAGAAAAAAGGUAUUGAUAUUACUUCUGAAGAGGAAGAAGAAGAAGAAGAAGUCGAGGAAAACGAAGACCUAGACGAAGAAGAUGACGUUGAAGAAGAAGAAGAAGAAGAAGAAGCAGCAGUAGAAACAGACGCCUCAGCCGACAAAAAAUCCAAGAGCAAGAACAAGAAUAAGAAUAAAAAAGUCAAGUCAGCAUCAGCACAGAAGGGAAAGAAGAGCAAAAAAGAAAAUAUUGAAGCUACGAGUGAUGAGGAAGAGUAAAGUCUUUUAAUUCUUGCCUUCGAUGGAGAUUUCAGAGGUAGAUGCUUGGUUUUGAGUAGUAUCCAAGAAAGGGGUAGCUAUUUUGAAGCUCUGAGUGCAUGGGUGGACUUUUCAUAUCGUUGUGGAUUUAUUAC